AUUCACGUUGUUUAGUUUGAAACGAUUCGGUACACCUAGUUCGGAGGAAAGUUUCAUAAAUGAGACCUCUUUGACGCCACUUUCGUAUCACCUUAACGGCCUAUCAAACAUUUUCACCUGUAGGAAGGCGCGAUACGCUUCUAAUACGGGAUUACUAGUAUCUCAAAUAGUUUCUAUUAAACGGCGUAGUGACGUAAGUUUGCGGCUAUUUGCGCACGAGAACGCACGAAUCCGCACCGACAGCUGAGAAUGAUCACAUUCACGUUACAUCUCGGAUUGCCCAAGAUUUAUCCGGUGAAAUAGUCGACGACAUCACGGGAAUCGUUAUUCAUUACCUCGCGUUAACACUGCCAUUUCAAACUUUGGUACAUACUUGUGAACCAGUUGAUUAAGUACUUCCGUUAGACACGUUUAUGUACAUUUAUACGAACUGAAAGUGCCGUAUGAAGCACAAUGAUACAUUCGCAGAAAACGCUUUCGAAACUGUAACGUCAUAUCAGGAGCGUAUUUUUAUACUCGAGUUUUCCAGGAUUCUAAAAAAAGAGGAUUUCCUUUGGACGACUCUACCAAUCUGUCCUUGAUGUGCUCAUUUUUUAGAACCACUCUGGAGGGUUCUUACACACAAGCGAGCCUUUUCAAGAUAGCCGUACGAAUCAUUAUACAAACGUGAGAGUACUUUAUAAAAAUUGACUAGAGAUGUUUAACUUUGUAAUGGAAUUCUCCUACAUUGUUUGAGAUUUCUUUGCCUUUCCGGCGUGAUUUCAACCUUCGGGCAGUGCUGGAAUGAAUGAAAUUCUCACAAACUUCAAAAGCAGGAACUUAAUGUUAAAUGAUGUCGUUAAUAGAUUAUAUUGUGGGAAGGUUUCAAGUACAAAGAUAUGAAUGUGUAUGCGCAGUAGAGUUUUGCGCGCGUGCAUGUGUAUUUUGCGAUACUAAAGAUAUUGUUCAAACGAGCCAUAAAGGGGCGUGUUUAUUAUUAAGAGAUUUUUUUUUUCUUUACCGGUGCUCUUCAUGCUUUACAAAGAAAGGUGCGAAGUCUGACUGUAUUUCGGUUUUAACGAACCAGUCAGAGUUUAUAGAUUUUAUUCCCUGGUAAUUAAUUUAGGUAGCACAAACGUAUUUCGUUAAUUUUCUAACGGGGCUUAGGAAACUAUCCUUCCUGGAGAACGAUAGGCAGGCUUUAAGGUUUUUAUCGUAUUCUCGUUGUUGAAUUAGGACAUGUAUUUUUUAGAUUGUUGGAAUUGUUUUAAAUUUGUUUUUCGUAUAUGUAUGCAGUAUUGAAUAAAAGUCCGUUGGAAUACGGCGUAAUUGAAUUCUCAAAGGGAUGAAGAAAUUGCAACGUUUUCUGCGAUCGCAAGAUAAGCAUUAUUGCGAAUUAAUGUAUUAAUUAUUAGAACACGUUUGUACACGGUGUUACGUUUUUAUUAGACAUUUAGAAAUAUUAGCGCCUCGAGUUUCCGAGUAAUCGCUAAGGAAGGCAAUAUCUUUCAUCAUGCCUUUGGAGGGUAAUUAUUUAAUUGAGAUCGUUGUUCCGGCCAUAAAUUCGAUUAAUCAGUUCGAACGUUCACGUAAGCGUACCAUUGGAGCGAAUUUCUUUCUGCACAUCGUAAGAGCGUGAUAUGUCCGCGUGAUUAUUGUGGCACGUCGACCGCUCUCAGUUUUGAAUACCUUCUUGCGGAAUCGAAUUUCAAAACAUUACGGCUUGCCACUUUUCACACACCUUUCUUGCCCACGAAUUCAGUAGGCCGUCGCGCUUGUUGUUGUUUGCGUCAAACUCGUCCUGACACUCGUGUGUGCAAAAUCUUAAACCCAUGACGUAAUUUAACGAGGGAGAACUAAACAUUACAUUACUCCAGAGUGAAGAGAAAAAUAUUAAUUGCAUUGGUUCUAUUGGAUUAUUUUUAUAUCAUUAGACUACAUAAUACAUAUUGUUUGCGCCAAACUCGUCCUGACACUUGUGUGUGUGUAAAAUCUUAAACUUAUGACGUAAUUUAACGAGGAAGAACUAAACAUUAUAUUACUCCAAAAAUUCCAUUUCGCGGCGCUUUCCUGGGGAAAAGCUCGCCCUGCGAUUUCGGUGACUUUUUCCAUUGUUCGUGAGUCGCGCCAAAUACAUACACAGGAUUAUAUAUGCGUUACGUCAGGAAAACGAGCAAAAUUAUUCAACUGCAAUUUCGCACUUUCUUAUCCAUCUCGUUCGACGAGUGUAUGAGAUUUUAAGGACACUUAUUUUCAAAUUAUCAUCAUUUUGCCGCCGUUUAACGAUUGGCCGAGGCCUGCAUUUCCGUCUUAAGACAAAAAAUUGCGGAAAAUGCGGCCCCUUCUGCUCAUUCUCUUCGUCUCUCUGUCCGCGUCGUCGGCCGAGCAACGGCGACUUCCGGAUGAGAACGAGAAAUGCUUGGAAGAACAUCCGGCCCUUUUGCAUUACUUCUCAUGGGCGGACUAUUUCGUCCUGGCAGCCAUGCUGAUCGUGUCCUGCAUGAUCGGCCUAUUUUACGGAUUCUUCGCGAAGAAGCAGGAAACGAGUCAGGACUUCCUUCUGGGCGGGUCCAGCAUGGGAACUUUUCCUAUGGCGAUGUCCUUGGCGGCCAGUUUCAUUACCGCCAUAGAAUUGCUCGGGAAUCCGGCUGAAAUGUACGGACAGGGCACGCAAUUCUGGAUGACAUGCGUCUCGUUCCUUCUGGUGGUGCCCAUUACUUCGCACCUGUACCUGCCGGUCUACAUGAAGCUGAGAUUAACUUCGACCUACGAGUACUUAAACUUACGCUUUAAUCGGCAUUGCAGACUGCUAGCUAGUGGGCUGUAUAUGCUGCAGAUGAUAUUAUAUACUUCCGUCGCGGUCUACGCACCAGCUCUAGCCUUAAGUCAUGUUACCGGCCUGAAUACUUACAUAGCAGUGACUCUAGUCUAUGUGGUCUGCAUUUUUUAUGCUUCUCAGGGUGGGAUGAAGGCCGUCAUAAUGACGGACACGUUCCAAGCCGCCGUUCUCUUGGGGUCCCUUUUCUUGAUUCUGGGAUACGGCGUGUCCUGGGCUGGUGGUUUUUCUCUCGUCUGGCACGAAAGUGCUCAAUCUGGAAGAAUGGAGUUUUUUAAUCUGAAUCCCUCGCUGACGGUUCGCCAUAGCUUUUGGAGCGUCGUCAUCGGUGGUACUUUUUACUGGGCCACAAUGUUCUGCAGCAAUCAGGCUUCCGUCCAGAAGUACCUAAGUGUGGAGACCAUUGGUCAAGCAAGAAAAGCCCUUUGGGUGUCAUCGCUCGGCCUGAUCCUGAUUUAUACAGUCAAUUUUCUGACUGGCAUGGUGCUAUACAGCGUUUACAAGGAUUGCGAUCCUCUUAAGGCUCACCAGAUCACGGCUCAAGAUCAAUUGUUGCCGUUGUACGUGAUGAACUUCAUGGGCCAAUUAAAAGGAGUCCCUGGAUUCUUCGUGGCCGGAAUCUUUGCAGCUUCCCUCGGGACAGUUGCCAGUGCUCUGAACUCUUUGGCUGCUAUCACUUGCGAAGAUGUUCUUCAGGGUCUUUUGGGAGUUGAACUGCCUGCCAGACGAGGUGCCUUUUACGCGAAGUGGAUCAGCGUCUUCUUCGGGGCUUUCAGCUUCGUCUUGGUCUUUAUCGUCGAAAGAUUAGGCAGCGUUCUUGAGGUUGCCCUUUCGUUCAACGGCAUGGUCGGUGGAGUGACUUUGGGUCUCUUUUCUUUGGGCAUGUUCGUACCUUGGGCCAAUGCCAAAGGCGCCAUUUCAGGAGCCGUUGUUGGGUUAGCUCUGGUUCUUUGGAUAGGUUUAGGUGCCCAAGUGGCUGUGUUCAAUGGGCAAAUUCAUCUAGAGAGCAAGCCCAUUUCCAUCGAUGGGUGUACUUGUUUGAAUUCCACCACGUUCUUGGAGGACCAGUUCCACGAUGCUCAAGAUACAGAAGUAUUUUUCAUAUACAAGGUGAGCUACCUUUGGUACAGCGUCAUUGGAUGUUUAGUGACGAUAUCGGUGGGGUACCUGGUCAGUCUAAUUACCGGUCUUCAGGAUCCUGCUGAGCUGAAUCACGAUCUUUUAAGUCCUCCGAUCAGAUCCCUUAUCAGAAUCCACAAGAAGCCCCAAAACAGAAACGUCCAGGGCAUCGCGAAUCUGGCGUUGGAGAUGGACGACGAAAAGCCCAGAUCACCAACCGUCACCCUUGAAAUAACCAAGACAACUCCUCGUUAAGAUCGCUUGUCUUAUGUCAGACUUCAAUUAGACAACGAAAUGCGAGUCUCACCUUCGAACUUGAUGACGAAGAGUCCUGGUGAUAAAGCGUCAGUCAUGAAGUAAUUAAAAUUGCUUUUCCCAGAAGAUGUACAAAACAGCAAUUGCAUAGUCAUACAAAUCAGCAAUGAACAACUGAAGAAAAAAAAAAAUCUGAUUUCGACGUUGGGCGAUGAAAAGCCGAUAUUGAUAUCGCGAAUCUGGCCUUGGAGAUGCAUGGUGAUAAGCCCAGAUCACUAAUUGUCACCCUUGAAAUAACUAAGACGUCGUUAAAAUUGCUUGUUUUAUAUCAGACUUCAAUUAGACAACGAAAUGCGAGUCUCACCUUCGAACUUGAUAACGAAGAGUCCUGGUGAUAAAGCGUCAGUCUUGAAGUAAUUAAAAUUGCUUUUCCCAGAAGAUGUACAAAACAGCAAUUGCAUAGUCAUACAAACCGGCUAUGAACAAGGAAAGAAAAAAGAAAUCUGAUUUGGAUGUUGGGCGAUGAAAAGCCGAUAUUUCUCAGUAUUACCAUUGGAGCAGUAGAAACUGCUCUUCGAUAGAAGAACGCGAACUUGUAAAAAUUGCUGAUAGAAGUUAGCCGAACCAAGUGCACUUUAAGGGAGAAAAUGUUGAAGUGCACAAACGGUAACAAUUACCGAUCAGUGUUAUGCAAUGUAAACUUGAACUAAACGAAAGGAAAUGUAGUCGAGGGAUGAACUUUCAAAGGUUUUCAGAGUGCUGGUUCACUUUUAUAAUCUUGAAAAAUGAACGGGGGCCGUCCUUAAGUCUAAAGAGCCUUUUAAAAAGAAACUUGUCAACGCUCUUCAUGAGAUUAACUCGAUUUUCGAUUUUGUACAAUGUAGAUUAAUCUCAGGAUCGAUUUGUGCACACGUACGUCAUCCAAGUCACGAGCGAUUAUUUAUACCAUUUUUAAUGCCUAGUUUUAAUUUUGAAUCUUUAGCGCGAUAUGAGAAAGUAUUAUUUUUAAGGGUCGUCGGAAAUGAGUUUAACGUUAAAUUAAGGUUUCUUUUAAUGCGUGUCCCUCACAUUCAUGUAACAUGGACUGAUAAAUAAUUGUUAUUAAGUGGAAUGCAGUGCGAAUUCAUUUAUUGGAAACUGUAUGAUCGCUUAACGGAGUCGUCUUUUUCUUGUUAGAUAGUCAUUUUUGAAGAUAUCGAACGAAAUGGACAAUUGUUAGGAGUACUUACACAUAAUACGAUUGUAAUAACUGCGUCAUUACAUUACGCACUGUUCAGGAUGCGGUGCGAUGUUCCAUUUUAAUUCUUAUUUCAAAUGCAAUAAUUCUACAUGAUUUGUCAUUUAGCCAUAUAUGAAUAAUUUGUUACAAAGUUAUUGUUUUAUCCGCGUCAUCUGAAAACUGAAGUACAGUGGCGAUUUUUAAUAUUAUCUCGUUACGUCGUGUCGCAUUCUGAAUAAUAUAUGCAAUUUUGCACUGCCGGCGGUGCAGAGUUCUGAUCACAUGAUCACUUGCAUAUUAAUUUUUGUACUUUUGCGAUAUAUCGUAGUUCAACGCGCAAACGGCAUGUAUUUUAGGGUCUUAAGAAUCUUUUCACUGUUAACGAGUACUCGAGUUGGAGUUUUAAUAACAUAGAGAAGGACUGCUCUUAAAUCGCUUUGUUCUUGAAAGCACGAAUAAUUGUCUUUAAAACUGCUAGAUUUAAGCAUUAGGAUCAAAGUUGUACAUAUUGUUGCAAGAAAAUGGAAAACUAGCUGACGUAGAGUGAAGCCGGGUAGUAAAUUUUGACUUCGUUAAAUU